AUGGGCGAACUUAGCAAUGCCAAUCGAGGUUUCGGCGACGACCCCGUGGUCAUUUGUGGCAUGGCCAUGAGACUCCCCGGGGCUGAGAAGUCACGCCCUGGGACUAUACAAACCAAGAAGGCAUACUUUCUGGACCAUGUUCAGCUUGACCGAUUCGACGCCUCGCAUUUUUCUUUGGGACGCAGCGAGCUGGAACAGAUGGACCCUCUGCAACGAUUGCUGCUAGAAAUUAGUUGGGAAUGCCUUGAAAAUGCUGGUGAGACAAACUGGCAAGGCAAGACGGUUGGCUGUUACGUGGGCUCCUUUUUUGAGGACUGGAGUAACGAGAUGCAACGGGACCCGCAGUACUACAGCAACUAUCCGACUGGCAAGUGGGACAUCAUGUUGUCAAACAGGAUCUCGUAUGCGUUUGAUUUCCGGGGCCCAAGUAUGACUGUGAAAACCGGGUGCUCAUCGUCACUGGUGGCUCUGAACCUCGCCGUGCAAUCUUUGAUAUUGGGAGAAUGCACUUCUGCGCUUGUGGCUGGCUGCAGUUUGUUCUUAUCGGCACCCUUCUCGGCGGCGGGCGCGUCCGGGAUUUUAGGCAAUAUUGCCUCCCCAGAUGGCGUCUGCAAGACCUUUGAUGCCGCCAGCGAUGGCAUCGGCCGGGGCGAGGCCAUCAACGCUGUCUAUGUGAAGCGACUGUCGCAGGCCCUUCGCGAUGGGAACCCCGUGCGGGCCGUGAUCCGCUCGACUGCCACCCAGCAUGACGGUGGGGAGCCCGGUCUAAUCAUCCCCAAUGGAUACGCCCAGGAGGCACUCAUCCGGCAUGCGUACGACAAGGCCGGCAUCACCAAGUAUUCCCAGACGUCCUUCUUCGAAUGUCACGGUACGGGCACGCGGAUUGGCGAUCUUGCUGAAGUCGGAGCCAUAGAAAGGGUUUUUGGAAAAGAAGGCGUCAUCAUUGGUGCUGUGAGUAAUCAAUUCCCGUACACCCACUAA